ACACGCCUGCGGCCCCCCGCUGACUUAGCUCACAUGUCUGGCGCAGAUAGGGAGGGUGGCGAAGAGGGUAUUGGCCGUGCUGCCUUAGUGCCGGAUGGUGUAGCCAGGGAGACUGCGACGUCCAAGGCAUUGCACAAGUUGCUGCACAAAAGAAAACUCACUCUCAGAUGUCACUUGACCACACCAUGGGCCAUCCUACGCUGCGGAUUGGCAAGCCUCAUGGGAGGUGGUUGCGUGCCACGAGACAGUGAUAUGGUAUUCUUGUUCAUCGAAGCCGCCCCCGCUCUUGUCGACUAUUUAGUUGACGCAGCCUCUGCUGCAGUGCCCGGGACAUUCCAACAAAGGGCGCGGUCAAAGUCCCCACGGCAUCUGCCACGCAUUACAACCCGUGCCGGCACGCUGCGGGAGCCCUACUAUGGCAUGACGCAGCAGGAUAUGGCAGGCGGAACCACGAGCGCGGAUGUUGAGGAGGGGUUGCAGGAGGAGGCAGUCGCAGAGGGCGAUGGGAGCAACGAGGGGAGCGGCGGUGAGGAUCAAGAACAUGCGACAUCCGGCAUGGGUGUCGGGAGGGGCCGACACAUGCCGACAAGCAGGGGAGGUGUGACGAACAUGGUGGACGAAUCAGCUCCAACAACGACAGCAGCCACAAACGUGCGGGGGGGCGAUGCUCUUACAGUCAUGGAAGAGGUCUUUGGGGGCAUUUGGAUUGUUAUGGAGGUGCUUGAGGUGUAA